CCUCGCCGCCUUCUCGCUGUACGCGGACCUGCCCGGGCCGUGGCGGGACGCGCGGGACCUGCGCUUCCUGCUCUUCGGCGGCAGGCUCAGCCCCGCGUGCACGCAGGUGGCCGCGGCGCUGGAGGGCCACCUGCGGCGGCUCUUCCCCCAGGCGAGGGUGCUGUGGUGGUUCAACACCACCGAGGAGGCGCUCGAGGCGGACCUCAUCGGCGCAGGCGCGGAGGACGCCGUGGAGGCCGACUUUGCCACCGAUGGUGCACGCCCCCGUGCUCGUCCGCGCCCCGAGCAGCUUCUCCCUGUGGGCCGCCCUGGCGCGCCGCCGCGGCGCGGUGCUGUCUGCGGCGAACCCGCCGGCGGCCCCGUCCGGCUCGUCGUGGGCCUGGCGGCGGGCCCGCUUCGGGCGCGACUGGCGCUGGCCCUCCUCGGAGGAGGAAGGGCAGAGGAGGGGAAAAACGCACGCAGGCACAGUGAAGUGCCGAUCCCCAGGGACAUUAGGGGAACGUGUGGGAAGUGGGGGGGAAGACACACACACCCAGAGGGUACGCGAAAGUGUGGGGGAUCCUGUUAUUUGUGUGUGUAUUCGUUUGUGUGUCCUGGGGCCCCUUCAGAAGAGGCACCCGCACCGCUACCCUUCGCCCGCCUUCCCCUUGUCGGGCCUCCUCGGAGGCCGUCGUCGGCCACCGUUGCAUCCGCCUCGCAAUCCUGGUCAGAACGCACCCCGGGAGAGGUCCGGAAAGCAGCGUCACCGGUGCCUGCUGGUGUCCCUAUAGGUCCGAGGCCCCGCUGCUCACCCCGGAGGUCGUGGAGCGGCACGGCUUCGACUUCCACCGGCCGGGGCCGUGGAUCGAGUGGCUGCGCUCGCACUGAAGCGCGCUGCCCGCCCCGGAGGCCUUGGAGCGGGGAGCGCUCCGACUUCCACCGGCCGGGGCCGUGGAUCGAGUGGCUGCGCUCGCACCGAGCCGCUCGCACCGGGCGGCCCGCGGGCACCCCUGGCGGAAGCCAGCGCGCCGGCCGCCGCGUCAGACUGGCCGAUUGCGACAGGCAUCCGGUGGGUUCCCACGUCGGAGGCGGCGUCUUCAACACACAGAGCGUUGCCCAGAAUAUCCGGCCGCCCCGCGUCAAGUCCCGCUGCAGUGCCAGCCCAGCAUGCUGGGUGACGACCGUUCGAGGGGACUCGGGAGGGCGUGACGCCUUGUGUGAUCUUUCGCACUGGAGGAGUUCGGCAACAGGAUGCGUUUGGCACCGCAGGAGUUUCGCAUUGGAGGACUAUGGCACCGGAGCUCGGCAUGAGAAGAGUUUGGCACUGUGUGCAUUAGGCGUGCUGGGUGAAUUACGCUUACUCCGUACACGCUUUGCUUUUAUUCACGC